CCGUCCCCCCUCAGCCCGCGGGGCCGGCACCAUGGCGGAGCAGGAGAGCCUGGAGUUCGGCAAGGCGGACUUCGUGCUGAUGGACACCGUCACCAUGCCCGAGUUCAUGGCCAACCUCCGGCUCAGAUUUGAAAAAGGACGUAUCUAUACAUUCAUUGGAGAAGUUGUUGUCUCUGUGAAUCCUUACAAGUUGUUGAACAUCUACGGGAGGGAUACAAUUGAGCAGUAUAAAGGUCGUGAGCUGUAUGAGAGACCUCCACAUCUUUUUGCUAUUGCUGAUGCUGCUUACAAGGCUAUGAAGAGGCGAUCAAAAGAUACCUGCAUUAUGAUAUCAGGGGAAAGUGGAGCUGGUAAAACAGAAGCCAGUAAGUACAUUAUGCAGUAUAUUGCGGCUAUCACCAACCCCAGCCAGAGAGCAGAGGUUGAAAGAGUGAAGAAUAUGUUGCUCAAAUCCAACUGUGUGCUGGAAGCUUUUGGAAAUGCCAAAACCAAUCGUAAUGAUAACUCAAGCAGAUUUGGAAAAUACAUGGAUAUCAACUUUGAUUUUAAGGGCGACCCUAUUGGUGGACAUAUCAAUAACUACUUAUUGGAGAAGUCUCGAGUGAUUGUUCAACAGCCUGGAGAAAGAAGCUUUCAUUCUUUCUAUCAGCUGCUCCAGGGGGCUUCAGAGCAGACCCUGCGUUCUCUACACCUCCAGAAAUCCCUUUCAUCCUACAACUAUAUUCAUGCUGGAGCUCAACUAAAGUCUUCUAUCAAUGAUGCUGCAGAGUUCAAAGUAGUAGCUGAUGCCAUGAAAGUAAUUGGCUUCAAACCUGAAGAGAUUCAAACUGUGUAUAAAAUUCUGGCUGCUAUUCUUCACUUGGGAAAUUUAAAAUUUAUGGUAGAUGGUGACACGCCCCUUAUUGAGAAUGGCAAGGUUGUAUCUAUAAUAGCAGAAUUGCUAUCUACUAAAACAGACAUGGUUGAGAAAGCCCUUCUUUACCGGACUGUGGCUACAGGCCGUGACAUCAUCGACAAGCAGCACACGGAGCAAGAAGCCAGCUACGGCAGAGAUGCCUUUGCUAAGGCAAUAUAUGAGCGCCUUUUUUGUUGGAUUGUCACUCGCAUCAAUGACAUUAUUGAGGUCAAGAACUAUGAUACCACAAUCCAUGGGAAAAACACCGUUAUUGGUGUCUUGGAUAUCUAUGGCUUUGAAAUCUUUGACAACAACAGCUUUGAACAGUUCUGCAUCAAUUACUGCAAUGAGAAACUGCAGCAGCUAUUCAUUCAGCUGGUGUUAAAGCAAGAGCAAGAGGAAUACCAGAGGGAAGGGAUCCCUUGGAAGCAUAUUGAUUACUUCAACAACCAGAUCAUUGUGGACCUCGUGGAGCAGCAACACAAAGGCAUCAUUGCCAUCCUGGAUGAUGCUUGUAUGAAUGUCGGCAAAGUCACUGAUGGAAUGUUUCUAGAAGCCCUUAACAGUAAAUUAGGCAAACAUGGUCAUUUUUCCAGCAGAAAGCUCUGUGCCUCAGACAAAAGCCUGGAGUUUGAUCGUGAUUUUCGAAUUCGGCAUUAUGCAGGGGAUGUGGUCUAUUCUGCCAUUGGUUUUAUAGAUAAAAACAAAGAUACUUUAUUUCAAGAUUUCAAACGCCUCAUGUAUAACAGUUCAAAUCCUGUGCUGAAGAAUAUGUGGCCUGAAGGCAAACUGAGCAUUACAGAGGUGACCAAGCGACCUCUGACUGCUGCCACCUUGUUUAAGAAUUCUAUGAUUGCUUUAGUAGACAACCUUGCAUCAAAGGAACCAUACUACGUACGUUGCAUCAAACCCAAUGACAAGAAAUCCCCACAGAUAUUUGAUGAUGAACGCUGCCGUCAUCAAGUAGAAUAUCUUGGACUACUGGAAAAUGUGAGAGUGCGUCGAGCAGGAUUUGCCUUUCGUCAGACCUAUGAGAAGUUUCUUCACAGGUAUAAGAUGAUCUCUGAGUUCACCUGGCCAAACCAUGACCUUCCUUCAGACAAAGAGGCUGUCAAGAAACUGAUAGAACGAUGUGGUUUUCAGGAUGAUGUAGCUUAUGGGAAGACCAAAAUUUUCAUCAGAACACCUCGCACACUGUUUACCUUGGAAGAACUCCGGGCCCAGAUGCUUGUAAGGAUUGUCCUCUUUCUACAAAAGGUAUGGCGGGGUACCCUGGCUCGCAUGCGAUACAAGAGGACCAAGGCAGCUCUGACAAUAAUCAGGCACUACCGGCGCUACAAAGUGAAGUCAUACAUCCAUGAGGUGGCCAGGCGUUUCCAGGGGGUCCAGACCAUGAGAGACUAUGGGAAGCAUGUGAAGUGGCCAACUCCUCCAAAAGUUCUGCGCCGCUUUGAGGAGGCCCUCCAGGCAAUUUUUAAUAGGUGGAGAGCAGCCAAGCUCAUCAAGAGCAUACCUGCUUCAGACCUGCCGCAGGUCAGGGCAAAGGUAGCAGCCAUGGAAAUGUUGAAAGGUCAAAGGGCUGACCUUGGACUCCAAAGGGCCUGGGAAGGCAACUAUCUUGCUUCAAAGCCAGAUACACCUCAGACCUCAGGCACUUUUGUCCCAGUAGCUAAUGAACUGAAAAGGAAAGACAAAUACAUGAAUGUCCUCUUUUCCUGUCAUGUCCGUAAGGUAAAUCGGUUUAGUAAGGUGGAAGACCGAGCAAUUUUUGUCACUGACCGUCAUCUGUAUAAAAUGGACCCCACUAAGCAGUAUAAGGUGAUGAAGACUAUCCCUCUAUACAAUUUGACUGGUCUGAGUGUUUCCAAUGGAAAGGACCAACUUGUAGUGUUCCAUACAAAAGACAACAAAGAUCUUAUUGUCUGCCUUUUCAGCAAACAGCCUACACAUGAGAGUCGAAUUGGAGAACUUGUUGGAGUCCUGGUGAAUCAUUUUAAGAGUGAAAAGCGCCACCUCCAAGUGAACGUCACCAACCCGGUGCAGUGCAGCCUGCACGGGAAGAAGUGCACCGUUUCCGUGGAGACCCGCCUGAACCAGCCCCAGCCUGACUUCACCAAGAACCGCUCCGGCUUCAUCCUCAGCGUGCCAGGGAACUGACACCCCACCCGCAGGAGACCCCCGGGCGGGCAGCCCGGCCCCCAGGGCCAGCCUUGAAGUCACAAUUCUCCUGCCUCUGCUGGAUUACAGACAUGUGCUACCAAGCCUGGCCUCAAGGAUCAUUUUGGAAGUAACCUGCAACCUGUGUCCAUCUUUCACUUGCUUUUGCAGUCUGCAGGGUUGUAAUCAAAUAUUACUUCUGCUAUAACCAUAAUGUCUAGUAAGAAGAUGCAGGUGCCAGCACACUAGGUUUGGCAGCUUCUUCUAACUCCCCUAGCUAUGUUCCCUGCUUACCCAAGAACUAGGACAGGGGCGGGGGCCGAAACACAAAGGAACUGCAGGACGUAGAGCAAGGCAGCAGUAGAGAGAGGGAUCCUGGCACUGCAGGCCAGGCCAGGGUGCCACCCUAUGCUGUGAACCUGCCCUGCUGGAGCCUGGCCCUUGAACCUUCUGCCAGCCGAGUGCUGCCCACUUGCCAGUGUCUGCCCAGCAGAAAAAAAACAUGCUUCAGCAGCCUUCCAGAGACACCCUCCCUCCCCUGGCCUCAGCUGCUGAGAAUCUGAAGACGUGGAAGCUGGGGUGCCCAGACAGGGCUGCUGGUGGGGAGUCUUACAAAGAGAAUCCCAGAGCACACAGUGCAGACAGCAAGGGCCAGGCCCCCAGAGGAGCUUGUAGCAAAGUUAAGAAGAAGGGCGGGGCUGAGGUGUGCUUCACUUCCUGCCAGAUGCCACCAGCAGAACUCGAGUGCCUGCGUGCCACUCAGGUGCCUUCCAGGACCCCAGGGGGCUGCCUGGCCUCUCCCAGGGUCUCUCACAUACACACCCUCCUCCCCUGACGAGGGCUCGCAAACAUUUGCACCACGUGCAGUUCACAACCAGGAAUCCUGACCACAUCCUGCCCUCCAAGGCUGCUCAGCCACCUGUGCCACGCAGAGCUGCGGCAGACCAGUCUCAAGGCGAUAGUGGGCUUGCCAAUCACCGGUGGACACUAGCAGAACCAUCUAACUGGAACUUCUCUCUCCUUUCCACCCAUGCCCCAACCUGUUGCUUCACAUUAAACAUAUGCAGGUUCACGUUUUAAGCACACCAAAACAGUUCAUGCCAAAUGGGCAGCCUGUCAGGCUGAAGUGGACAGAAGGGUUUGGACUCCAUUCCCUUCCACAUAGCCUGGGGCUCCUGCAGAGGACACAGACGGCCCCGUCCACAGACACUGACCUACACCUGCACGUGACAAAUGAAGGGUCAGGAAUGUAGGGUGACGUGCCGAGGGGAGGAGGAUGCUGUGAUUGUAUGCAAUGAAGUGAAUUCCCCUUGAUUUAAUUAAACACGGUUCUACGGUUUGGUGCAUAUAUUCCUAUUCCCCAUUAAAUUAACUUUAUUUCUAAAGCAUAUUUUGAUUUACCUAAGAGCAAUAAAGCAUUAAAUCUUA